ACCCCGCUCUGCACCGGGGCUCCGGGGCGGGGCGGGGCGGGAGCGGCCCUCCGGCGCCUGCGCGCGGUUUCGCUUCGUGCGGCGGCGUGGGGAGCGCUCGGCGCGGCCUGCGGGGCUUUGCGGCGCCAUGGCUCCCGUGCUGAACCUCAACAACGAGGUUGUGAAGAUGAGAAAAGAUGUGAAGAAGGCCAGAGUCCUCACUAUUCGCAGACUAAUCAGACACAUCGGGAGAUUAAAAUCGAAAAAGGGUUCAGAAGACUUGAAAUUAAAGAACCAAAAACGAGUUGAGAGAUUAAUAGAAGAAAUCCAUGCCAUGAAGGAAAUAAAGCCAGAUGAAGUUACCAGACUUGCUCUUAGGACAGAAGUUAAUUUUGAAAGUGUCUGCAAAAAGCCAAACUGUACUGCAGCUGAGCGAGCCAUGGCAAGACUUGCAACACACCCCACCUUGAAGCCCAGAUUUGUUGAGCUUAAAGCUGCUGUUAAAGCUUUUAAGGAUGCAAGAAAGAACCCAGACAAAGCCACUCCUAUGAAAAAGGAUCAGUCAGAAGAACAGCCUAAAUCACCACAACAUUCCAAUAACAACUUGGAUGACCAAGCUUGUAAGCGUCCUCAAAAACAGCAAAGAUGUGAACACAAAACAAAACCAGGCAUGAAAGUAGAAACUGACAAAAUGGUUGAAGAGCUCUGUGAGAGUGAAUCUGAGCAGAAAACUGUGGAAACUGAGAGAGCGUAUGCUCCAGAGGAACCUUCAUUUCAGGCAGUAAAAAUGCAAACAGUUACUCAAAACAAAACAGGAAAGAAACUUGACUAUCAAAAAAGGAAAGAAAAUAUGAGUAUGAACAAAUUAAAUGCAAUAAAAGAAAUAAUUGAUGAUAGUGACCAAGAGCAUCCCAAUGAAAAGGAAUACUUUGAUGAUAGUACUGAAGAGAGGUUUUAUAAUGAGUCAUCAGAUUCUGACAGUGACAGCAAUGAUGAUUUCUUCAUUGGAAAAGUAAAAAAGAAGAAAAAAGUAGCAGGAGUUAAUAAUUUUUCUUCCACAAGAGAAAAGGAUAGUGUUCAGAAAAAUGUAAUGAAAACAGAAAAGAGCACAGUAUCUGGGACAGCACAAGAUUUGAUCAUGGAAGAGAGAAAGCCACUUGCAAAAGCAAGCAAGCUGGAGUCAGUGUUCUGCAGUUCUUUGUCUACCACCAAUCAGAAAUCUCAGAACAGAAGAAAUACUAAAAAGCAGCCUCUCAAAAAGGAAACAACAGGUUUUCUUAAAAAUGAAUCAAAGCUCAAGAAGAAACCAUUUGCAAAAGCUUCAGGGGAUAUUAAAUGCAACAAUAAAAAAGCACCUUUGGAGCAGCCUCUUCAUCCUUCAUGGGAAGCAAGCAGGAGACGCAAAGAGCAAAUGUCACAAAUUACAGCAUUCCAGGGGAAAAAGAUUAAAUUUGAUGACUAAACUAUAUGUAAAUGGAGGUUCUAAAAAAAUUUUUUUGCACCUGCUGUUUGAACAUCUUUGUUACACUGUCCAUAUGCUUUGCAACCAACAAAAUUCUAUUAUUUACCAUCAUAGAAUAUCAAGAUUGUUUCAUUCAUUGUUUGUGCUGUCUGUUGAUUAAUGUAAUGGCCAUUUGAUGCUGGUUCAUAAGUCCCAUUACGUAGUGCCACCAUUCAUGAAAUAUACCCUAACGUGAAUAAAGGGUUUUUAGGAACAGGAUUUUUGCCCUGUAGGAUUAGUACAGAUUCUUUAGAGGGGAGUUUGAAAGGGAGUUUUUUUGUAUGUAAAAGAAUGUACUUUAUAUGAGAAUUUGGUUGUCAAAAGAAAGGUUCUAUAUUGCUGCAUCUCAACUGAGACAAAGUAAAAGAUUCUUAAACUUGAAGAGACUUCAGAUAUUCAGCAGUGUAUUGGGUAGCUGGAAAAGUCAAUCAGUUUUAAGCAUAAUAUGAAAAUUUCUGGAGAGAAUAAAAUAUUGAGCUUUUAAAUUGUGAUCUCUGUUUUCUGAUUAUACUGCCAAUUUGAAGAAAUGAAGAGGUGUCUUUAAUACUUUGUUCUGGUAGUUAUGUCUGGAUUCUUCAACAUGUGUGACUUGCGCAUUCUGAAAGAAUGUGAAAAUGUGAAAAAAUUUUGUACACUAAGAAACAUUUGACUUUUAAUUGCCAGUCUAAACCUGAGAGUUCAUCUGAUUAGAAUAUGAUAAAAAAAGUUCAUUGAAUACUUCUUCAGGUGCUUUUUCUACUACCUAAUUGAAAGAAAUUCUGAACAUGUAAAUCAUCUUUAAUAGUGUUGUUUAUUUAAAUAUAGUUACCUUUCAUAAUCAAAUUAAUUAAUAAACUUGCUAAAUGACUGGACUGUACUAUUCAUGUAGCAUUUGAGCUGCCUGAGGAAAGCCCUGCAUCACCCCAAAGGCCCAUCUAACGUAGUAUCUUUGAAAGUAGUCAAAAAGUGAUGUUUUAAGGACAGAGGAAGCACACAGUGAUAUAUCAUGCAACAUCCAUCUCUUCAAGCUUCCAGUUUUACAGCUCAGCAAUAUCUUGUGAUAUUACAGCUUGUGGUGUUUAAUAAUCCUUGGUCAAUUUCCUUUCUUCAGAUUUGUCUGCUCUUAAAUCCUGGAAACUUGUGGAUAUGUCAUCCCUGAAGGUGUAGAUGGCCUUCCUACAUACUGCAGUCUGAAAAAUCCUAAUCUUUUUCUGUGUCUCAGCCAAAGCCAUCAGGCCCCUGGGCUGCAUUGGAAAAUGUUGCCAGCAGUAUGAGGACCCUUGCCCUGGACUAAGCACAGAUAAUGCUACAUUAUACACAUCCCAUCUUGUGUUAAGUUCUUGAAGACUAAACCUUCAAGUUGGUCUGUUCUGUAUUAAUAUUUAGGCAUGGUUUGUCUCACUUAGUUAGGCUUCCUUUUCUAUAUACUGAACAAAUGUCAGUAUAUAUAAGAUUGUCUUUAAUGGCAUUGCCUUCCAGAGGAAUGAGAAAUUCAAACCACCUUUCAUUUUGAAGUGGUUUUGUUGCUGUUAUUUUCACUGUACCGUAUGGAACAGUGUAGCAGGCACAGGACCUGCAAGCCUCCCCUGGCGUUCGGCAGCCUAUGAUAGGAAAUGCUGAGUCAUGGUGACUGGACCUUAGGAGCCCCUCUCUCCCGCUCUCGGAGCCUUGCUUAUCUCUCUGUAAGGCUAUAGGUCACUUUCCUUUAACCCUUACCAUUGGACGAUUUUCAAUCCCCUUUUACCCUAUAUAAACCCCUGCUUCUGCCCAGUCCAUCAGAAGAGCUGUCCCUGAACCCCUUCGCAGAAGAGUCCUCGAGAAGACCAAUAAAGACAUCUAUGUGGAAUUUUUAUACACCUCCUGUCUUUUUCCCCGUGUUAGCCGAAUACCUGCUGCCUGCAGAGCCUAGCAAGCUAAAGAGCUGAAAUCACUACUGAACUGAGUAUCACAAAAGCUGUGAUCACUAAAGCUUGCUAAGGCAGCUGGCGGCCAGGCGCUGCUUGGAGCUCGGACAGGCAGUUCUUAUCCGAACUGAGCUAUCUGGGCUUCUAAUGCAGCCAUCUGGGGACACCCUGUAACCCAGCGAGCAGCAUUAGAACAGUACUGAAGGCCAAAAGCCUUCAGAAACUUGUUUACUGGUUUUGUGGGGUUAAAUUUCACAGAAAAAGCCAUGCAUUUAUCUGCUUUCUACAAACUUCAAGAUUUUCAGAUGCAAAUGUUAAUCCUUAAAGGUUUAAAUAAAAUAAGUAAAUAAAUCCUAGAUGAGUGCCACAACAAACAAAAGUUUGGUAUGUGAUUUCUCUGCUUCCAGUGUAAGGCAAGAGAAAUGUCUUUUGGUAGGUGCCAUUAGUUGUAACAGUUUUUCAUGGACUGCUUACCUUUCUCUUAGCAGAUGAGUACCCUAUUUAAGGAUCAAAAACUUAAAGAUUGCAAAUAGUUUGAAAAAACCUCAAGACUAUAAGGAGCCCAUGUUCUAAAGUGAUUUUUUGCAUGUGCUUAAAAGAUCUAGGAGUAUUGGUUUAUCUUGGCAUUUGAGCAAGUUUCUUUCUGCAUUAUUACAGCUAUAAUUUGUGGCCACAGAAGUCUCCCUGAAGGAAGCCUGACUUAUCAAAACAUCCCUUUUUUUUUCCCUUCAAAAAUAUUCUGAGCUCUUACUUUAAAGAAAAGAAAAAAGAUAAUAUACACUGAACAUGAAUGAGAGAAGAGAGAUUAGGAUACUGGCAUUGCUUUAUAUUUUAAUGGGCUACUGCUACUUUCUGCUGGUGCUUAGUGACUCACCUGGAUCACAGCCUUAAUACAUUAUACAAAUGAGUAGUGAUGGUGGGGACUUGAUAAUAUCUUUUACGUGUAACUGGGCAAUUUGUUUAUGAACUGAUAAACCCAGUGAGCUUGCCUGGAGGUUGUUGAUAAAGUUUAGAACGUUCUCAUUAUAACAACAUUUUCAGCAUAUAUGUGAUUUUCACUUACAUCAUAUCUGUGGCACUGUUUAGACAGAGACCUCUCACAAGGUACUAGCAAUUUAUUUUUAUAGUGACAUGGGAAGUUAUUUCUUUCUGUGAUGAUUAGAUUUUAAAAUGUUGAGAACCAUGCUUUUCAGUUCAGUACCAUACCAUAGAAGAAAUGUCUUUAGCCAGGUAUGUACUGUCAGAUACUACUAGGCUGCUUCAGGUGCACAAUUUUUUUUAUUUCAGGCUUACCAACAAAUCAAUCUCAGAUUUUCUGUGUCUUUUAAGACAGUCCUCAUUAGGUUAAAAGUGAUUGUUGUUUUGUUUUUUUAAUAGCAAACGGGUGUACUAUUGAUAGGACCAUUUUGUAGACCUCCAAACAGGCAUAAAUAUUUCUUUAAUCAGUUUUUAUAAAAUUGUUAGAUCAGGAAAAAUGGGGCUUGAAUGAAAAUUCGGUUACAGCAGUGUUUCUGGAGUGAAAGAGUUGAGCUGCUUUGUGAACGGUGGUAGAUCAUUUUGUGAUACUAGGCAGGUGGUCUAAUGUAAAAGUGAGAUAGCAGAAUGGGGGUAGAAGGUACAUGGGAACUAGAAGAUGCUGUAUUUUUAAUAGAUUUGAAUAUGCUUUCUGUAGUUAUGCCACUUUUAUUGCAUUUUUGUAUUUGCAUAGAAGCUGAUCCACUCCAGGUUCUGUGCUCUCGGAAUAGCACUUGGAGAAAUUCUCAGUUUGAAAUUCUUAGCUCUAAUUAGUAGUAGGAUAGGAAAUACUUUUGAAAUAGAGAAACAAUACACAAAGUGGGUUAUAUCUGAAAUAAUUCUACAUUUAUUUUAUGAAUUUUAAAACAUAUAUUGGUUUUGUCUCCAUUUAUGUGAAGCCAAGAGUGCCAAUUAGUUGAUAUUUGUUUGAUGACUUCUUAUUGGAACACGUAAGACUCUUUUUAACUAUUAAACUAUUUAGACUCCCAAGUCUCUUUUUAACUAUUCUCUUCUGAAGAAGUCCCGCAGUGAAGGGACAAGAGAUACUUCACAACUCAGACUGUUUCACCAGUUUAGCAUACAGAUUGAAGAGGCAGCAGGACACUGGCUUGUACUCAGAGGAUGUAAAUAACAGGAUAAAAUGUGUUUGGAGUGACUUCAUGUUUAAUCUGUUAGUUUUCUAGAGUACAUAGACUUCCUGCCAUGUACUGCUCAAAUGUUCUUUCUGUGAAAGCAUAGUUUUUGGAGCAGAAAUUCUGACAGAGCUUUUUAAGUUUCUGUUUUUAGCAACAGAUACGGUAAGGAAAUCGUGUUUCCAGAUGAACCAUAUGCCUCCUCCUGUUAAACCUUGACACCUUAAUCCUUUUUGUAGUGUGGGGGGUAGUUAUCAUGCCUUGAAUUUUUUAUUUUUUGUUUCUACCUUCUUGUCGCAUUUUUUCUGACACCAUGUCAGCAAGACAGAAUUUUCUUCAUUUUCAUGUAGACAUAACAACCUUAACUGAAGCCUUCUCACUGAGUGAUGGAUCUGGCCUGUGCAGUAAGUGUAAUACUUCGACAAGUAGAACGCUUGAAACAUUUUAUUCAAGUCAUUUUCACAUAAACUUGCAACCAUAAUACGGGCAGGUAACACAAGAAUAUGAAAGUGCAGUGAAGAAUACAAAGCUAGUGCCUGAAUAUUAUAAAUUAGAGCUCUUCAGAUAAAGAUGCAAAGUUACUGAAAUUAAGACUCUUUGAAGAAAAGGGAAGGAAAUAAUGAAAAGUCUUCAAGAAAGUUGCAAAAAUAAGUGGCAUUUCACUGUAUCUGUAACAUUUAGUUGCAUAAUAAAAACCUCCCAAUUACAUACUCUUUGGUUUUAAUUCAAGUUAAAAAUCUUUCAGCACCUUUUAGGAUUUAGAGGAAAUGAAAAUGCCUUUUUGGCACAAAUGUGAGACACAGGAUAAACCACCUUUCAGUGUCUCAUGUAUGAAAACCACCCUGCUGGUUUUGAAUGAGCAGACUGCAAACAAUGCAUGAAUGACAAAAGGAAGGUACAUUUGAUAUGUGCAUUCAUUCUGGAGCAGAAAAAAAACAAAAAAAAAAAAACGAGUAGACUUAACA